AUGUCUUUAUUACCAGGUAUUAAUGAAGCUACUGAACCUCUUGAAUUGGUGAAUGAUUCAAAUGAGGUGCACUCAUUAGCCAUCCCCAUCGGGUCGCAAUGGAAAGUUGAUUUACCUUCUGAUUUCAAAUUAGCAAUUACUAUAAAGAGCGGUAUCGCAGAGGUUCUUGGAACAGAACUAGCUAAUGAUACUGAAUAUCACUUUCAAAAUUGGAAGUUUACCGUAUUUGCAGUGGAAGAUGUUGAAUUAUCUUGGAAAUGUACGCAAUCCUUACAGCCUAAGAUUGAAUCUAACAAUACGGCAAGUCAAAUCUACAAUCUACAUUUUGCAUUAGAGAAAGUUAGAAACUCUAGCUUUUAUGGUCCAAAAGUACUUAUCAUUGGUGAGAGAAAUUCUGGUAAAACAUCGCUUUGUCGAAUUUUAAGUUCAUAUACAAUAAAAUUCAAGUCUUACCAACCAUUAUUAAUCAAUUUAGAUCCGAAUGAAUCAAUUUUCUCACCACCUGGUUGCCUGACAGCAACUCCAAUAUCUGAUUUGCUAGAUCCACAAUCACCUUCGUGGGGACAAAGUAUGACUAGUGGUGCAACUGCCUUGCAUAGCAAACAACCAUAUGUCGAAAACUUUGGUAUGGAGAAAAUUUCAAGUAACAAACAACGUUAUAUGUCAAAUAUAGAACAGCUGGCGAGUGCUGUAAAUAAAAGGAUUACUAGUGAUGCUUUAGUUCAAAGGUCGGGUUGUAUUAUAGAUUCACCAUCGUUAGAUCAAUAUGAUGAUAAUUUAGAUGACCUAGAGCAAAUAAUACAAAGAUUGAACGUUAAUAUGGUUGUUAUAAUAUGUGAUGAUGAUGGAUUGUAUCAGAAAGUAAAUAAUAGAGUAAAACCAAUCAUUGGUGAUCUAAUGAUUAGAUUACCGAAAUUGAGUGGUGUGAUAGAAACUGAUGAUGUUUAUAAGAGGUCACUACAAAGAUCUGCCAUUAGAGAAUAUUUUUAUGGUAAUAUACAAACAGUAUUGAGCCCGUUUACCGCGGGCGUUGAUUAUAACGAACUAACUAUCUGGGCGCCAAGAGAUUUAACAUACGAUACAUCAGCAGGGAAAGAUGAAGCCUUGGAACUUUUACCUGUGACAUUGGAGGCAAGUACCUUGCAACAUGCCAUAAUUGCAAUCACGUAUGCUGAUAAGAACGCUAAUAAAGAGGAGGUGUCAAAAGCAAGCAUAAUGGGUUUUGGGUUAAUAACAGAAGUCAACGAAAAGAGGCAGAAAAUGAGGAUUCUUCUUCCAGUUCCAGGACGGUUCCCGCAUAAUGCUGCGAUCCUGACUUCCUCGAGAUAUUUGGAGUGA